CGCGCAGAAUAUCUCCCCCGAGCUCGCGGGUACUAUUGUCAGCCCGUAUAUUUGGACCUACCUGUGGCGACCGAGCCCAAAUCUCCACGAGCUGCAGCAGAACUUCCAACGCGAGCUCAUCUCAUGAAUUCGAACCGAUGACAUCGACUUUAAAGCCUGGUUGGCUCGCUGACCUCCGCACAAGAAUAGGAAAAUGCAUACUGUUCGGUCUCAAGGCAGAACAAGUGACGGAAGCAUCUGCUCUUCUUCAAGACUUAGCACGAGACUGGAGGGAGCUGGUGGCUGGCAGCGAAGGCUUCCUGACGGCCAAAUCCAGGAGAGGUAUUUUCAGGCAGAGGGUAGCGUGGGGUGAAAUGGAUGUAAUGGGGCAUGUCAAUAACACCGCCUACAAUCGCUAUGCCGAAUCAGCACGGAUGAACUGGCUCUUAAAUUUUGGUACACAUUUUGAUCCAGCGCAUAAUAUACAGUGGGCUGAGCUGCAGUCAUCGAGGGGCAUUGGGCUCAUCAUGCGAAGUAUUCGCACUGAUUACAAAUUUCCGAUGACAUACCCUGAUAGGGUAACAGUAUAUCAUAAACUCCGUUCUCUUCCAACCUCGCGUGAUGACAGCUUUAUCCUAGAUGUCAUGAUCUUGUCAGAGAGGCAUCAACGCGUAGCUGCAAGAUGCGUUGAAGACGUGGUUGUCUACGAUUAUAGGCAGCAAAAUAAGGUCCCGCUUCCGCCAUUUGUGCACGCUCAAUUCGAAGAGGCGUUUAUGCUGCAAGAAGAGGCAAAGUGGGAUUGCAGUGACCACGCAAGAGAUCUCGCUGAAAGGGUGCGAAGUUUAGAGAGGCAGAGUUGGGAUCGAGCAGAUGCCAAGGAGGAUCUUGGUAGUGCUUCACCUUGACUAUCGACUCAGCUUUGACGCAUGUAAAUAUCGUGACUCGUAUAUACCUUCAUGUCGAAAAUUUCACACGAAA